AGAUCGACUUUUCCGGUAUACUUCCGGUAUUGAUUGAACAUAUGCCGUUGUAGCAGAGUAGUGCUUUCUGUCGGACUCUUGCACGUUACAUUUUUUCAUAAUAUCUUGAUCGAUAAUAUGGCUUUUGACCAGUCCUCUGCCAGUGCGUCUGAAAAUGCUGAGGCCUCGGAACUUCAGAUGAUGAUAGCAGUCGAGCAACAGAAAGCUCAGUUUGAAGCACAGGUGCACACCUUCACCGAUGUGUGCUGGGACAAAUGCAUGGAUAAGCCGAGCAGCAAGCUGAACUCCCGGACCGACACGUGCCUGGCUAGCUGUGUGGAGCGCUUCAUUGACACCACCCUCACCAUCACAAACCGCUUUACUCAUAUGGUGCAGAAAGGGGGCAUGCAUUGACUCAGCAGGGAGAAGAUGAAGAGAAGGGAUACCGACUAUGGACCUAGAAGAGAUCACUUUUUCUGGCUGGACUGCAAUUGAGGAGAAGAAGCUCCAUGCAGGCGAGAAGCCCAAAGACGAGAAAGUUUACACCAUGUACCAUGGCACGUUUCUCAAGUAUGUCCAGCGUAUUCUCACCAGUGGGUUCCAACGCUCCAGCGAUGGAAUGUUGGGAUCGGGGGUCUACGUGAGCCGUAAUAUCGACAAAGCAAAGUGUUACCCGCUGAAUGCUGACAAGAAUGAAGCGGUAGUGUUGAAGUUAAAGGUGCGGGUUGGCAAGGUGAAGAAGAUCGACAUUGAUAACCAUCCGCUUCAGAAGUCAUGGCACCAGAAUGGUUACGACAGUUGCUGGGUGCCACCAAACUGUGGCAUUACCGCUAUUAAAUCUGGCCGUGAAGAGGAUUGCGUCUGGGAUCCCGCCCGGAUUGUGGUGGUGGAUGUGGCCUGCUGUCUGGACGAUAAAACGCGCUGGGACCUCCGAAAGCAAAUACGCGGCAUGAAUAACCAUGGCGCAAAAGACGGGUGCAGCCAGUGCCACCAGAAUACCUCAAACACUGGGUCUCACCCUAUCCAAAGCUGUUGGACAUGCAACAAACAGAUGUGCCCCUUUCAGAAGAAGCAUAUGUGCAACAAGUAACAAGGCUACUUGCACAAACAACUAGUCUUACUUUGCGUUGCCUGUCUCGCUUUUGACCCAUCACCCAAUGUGACCUUGCAUACCAUUUAAAAUUAAGCUUGUUGUCGAUGUCAUGUUUUCAUGUAUUUUGUGUAAUCAUUGCAACCUAAUUGUAUUGGGAUCUAAUUUGUUAACGGACUUGCCUGGUUAAAUAAAGGUUCAAUUGUAUUUGAGAAUCCAUUGAUUAGACAAAUUAAGCAAUAUAUAGGGCCGACAUGGGAAAACAACUUGACAUUAUGUCAAAUUAAGAAUUUACAUUGGACGUUUUUGUUGUAACCUAUUCUUUUGCAUGUUAUAUACGGUAAAGGCAGACAGAAGCCAGCCUAGGCUACUUAGUUUCCUAAUAGGCUGCACUAAUAUCAAACGAGGAAAAUUUGUAAUAUUUGACGGAUACAGUUGUUUCUCGUGCCGCGUUCACGUGCUAGUCAGAACUAGGAAACUCAUUUCCGACUCGUUGAACUGGGCAAAACUAAUCAGUUAGCGAGUCGGACAUUUCAGAGUUUCCUAGUUCCGAUAAGCACGUGAACGCGGUAUCAGUCAAUGAACAAGCGUGUGUUCAGACAGUCUUGUCAAGCUUCUCCGCCUGAUGACCAAUGGACAGGACAUCUACUUCAUGGGUCAUCUUGACGAAGUGCCGGGAGAUAUGCGCGUUAACCUGCUAGUCGGAACUAGGAAACUCGGAAAUGUCCGAUUAGUUAGCUAAUCGUUAAUGACUACAACCGGUUAGUAAAUUGGACAUUUCAAAGUUUCCUAGUUAUGACUGGCACGUGAACGCGGCAUUAGCCAGGUGCAGUGAUACAGUGUGUGUAUAUAUCUGGUUAGGUGCACCUUCACCUCAGUAGGUGGCGGUACUUACUGUAAACGUCAUGGACACCUGUUUCAGAGAAUAGAGCAAGAUGGCUCCAUGGGAACCAGGAAGUAAAUAAAUGUCAUUGAAGAGAUUGAAGCAAAGAGACUCAAUAGAGCCUCGAGAAGAUCAAUUAUGACAAUUUCAAAUCGUUUGCGAUAUUAGAGUCUGCAUGGCCCUCCCACCACCAGUGUACUGAAUGCAAGUAGCUACAUAUUGAAAUGAAAGUAGUGUCUCAAAUGUUGAUUCACGUUUAUCCAUUUUGGCUGACCCCUAAAACCUUACGUCUUUGUCUCCCAGACACGAAAGACAACAUGAUCCUGAGAGUGUUUUUCCCACCACCAGUGUAACGCGUUGGAAAGAAGACUGCCCGCCCAAGCAUUGAUGAGGCCCGAAAGUCAUAAUGAAGCGUAGAGGUAUCUAAAAACAACUGGAGCCUUGCCACCACCUAUUGCUUGAAGUGUGCAUUUUGAAUGAUUUGUUUUCAACCCAGGUCUGCCUCAGCACUGAGGGGAAUGCCUCCACCAGAGGGUUCUGGUCCUAACCCUAACCACUGGGCCCUCUCAGAGUUACUGGGCCAGAGGAGGCUUGUGGUGUUGGGGGUACUAGUAGCAUGGAUGGUCCUCUUCCACCUCCUGGUGAAUGUGUGGCUCCUCUGUCUCUUCACCAGCCUGCUGGUGGUCCUGGGUGGCUGGCUGGGGUCCCGUGCUGCCCUGGAUGCCAACAGCCUGCUACACCUGGAGCACUUCGUCCCCCUGGGUAGAUCACAGCCGGCCCUCCACUCGCCUGAGAGCGAAUGGAGGCUGGACCACGAGAUCCAAAGCGCUGUGCAUAAAGCCAUCCGAGACUUUGUGUCGUCCUGGUACCACACCAUGCUGACCGAGGAGGAGGGGCUGGGGGAGUUUGAGCACAUUAUGCGGGACGCCAUGUUGGAUUCAGUGAUGGAGCUGAAGGAGAGGGCUCGGUGCGUGGACAGGAGAGCGCUGGUCCAGAGGACCUUGGAGCUGUGUGGCUGCCACCUGCAGAGCUACAUGACAGCAAGGGAGAUGAUGAAGCAGGCAGAGGCACGGCUGGGGAUGCAGGACAGAGACAGCUCCAGCACCCCCAGCCUGUGGGAGCUCUAUAGCCAGGCAGAUGCCCCCCACCCAGCCCUGGCUAGUCCAGCCACGGAGCUCAGCUAUUCCCGGGCCGUAGUGGACCUCCUAAUGCAAGUCCUGGUCCCGUUCCCUCACCUGGAGACCAGGACAGGGAGAUACAUGGUGGGGGAGUUGAUCACCUGUAACGUCCUCCUCCCACUGGUCAGUAGGGUGUCCGAUCCUGACUGGCUCAACCUUACCAUUGUGGACUUGUUCACCAAAGCCAAAGAAUCACCGGAUGAGUCCCUCGAUGAGCUCCCUGAUACUCCAGUCCAGCUGCACAGGAGUCAGACCCAGCCGGAGCUCUGGACCCAGACCCGUUCUACCUCCUGGCUCCAGACUCCGAGAGACCAGAACGAGUCCAGCAACAGCCCCACUCCUCCCAAGCCAGCCACUCCAGACUCCCUGGAAUCCAUGGAGUCCUACCAUACGGCAGUGCCAGAUCUGAAGGAGGAAACACGGCAGUACUGCGGGGCGAUCCUACCAAUGCCAUGCAUUGGUUCAUCGAUCAAAAUAAACAGUUGUCAUGUGUCUAUGGAUCUGCUGAGGUCCUGCAGCGGUGGCAGCCGCCUGUAUCAGGUUGUGGACUCGGACCUGGAGUCCCCAUCGACAGAAUCCAAUCAGCUCUCUGUGGAGUCCCUAGACCAGAUGGACUCCGAGGAGGACCAGACAGACAGCUUCUGUGACUGUACCUCCCCUACCAACUUCUGCAGUGUGUUUGAAGACGAGCCGCCUGGAUGCUUCGGCAACUUGAAGGUCCUGGGACCCAAGGUGUCCGAGCAGCCCCACUGGCCAGCGGGCAUGGCGGAGGAGCUGCCCCCAGGCUGCCCUGUCCCUCCAGGGAGGCUGUGUCUGACCCCCUUCAGCUUCGAACCCCUCAGCAGCCCAGAUGGACCCGUCCUUAUCCAGAACCUGAGAAUCACUGGUGCUGUGACAGCCAAGGAGCACCGCAGCACCGGCUCACACCCCUAUACUCUAUACACCGUAAAGUAUGAGACAGUGGUUGACUCGGAGAGCCUAGGUACUCUACAACCUGUAGCCUAUCACACUGUGAACCGGCGCUACAGCGAGUUCCUCCACCUGCAGACGCGCCUGGAGGAGAAGCCUGACCUCAGGAAGAUGAUUAAGAAUGUCAAGGGACCCAAGAAGAUUUUCCCUGAUCUUCCGUUUGGGAACCCAGAUAUCGACAAGGUGGAAGUUCGGAAAGGACAGCUGGAUACCUUUCUUAAACAACUGUGUACCAUCCCUGAGACGGCCAACAGCGACGAGAUGCAGGAGUUCCUGGCUCUUCACACAGACGCCAGCACAGCCUUCGAGAAGAAACCAUUUGUUAUGUCCAGGAUUGAUAAGAUGAUGGCGAAUGCUGUAGACACUCUGAAGACAGCAUUCCCUCGUGCAGAGGACGACCUGGAUGGAGAGCCUGCUGAUGCGAGGAAUGCCCCAGAAGGAAGGAAGAGGUCUGUCCGGCUGAGGUUCUCCAGUAAAGUCGCCCCUACUCUCAAUAUACCUGAAAUCCAGCCCAGAGUCAUAUACUGCUUCAAUGAAGGGAGCACUGUGUUCCAUGGCCUGUCCUUGUCUGGUCUGGAGGGCGUUAUAAAGGACCAGGAGGCUCUGCUCUAUGCUCCCCAGGAGAAGGAGGCUGACGGGAGGAGGUUCAGCGUGCUACCUGGCAAAGACAGGAAGGGAGGUGGGGGUCGGGAGAGAAAACUACGGGGGACAGACACGGCCGUGGCAGACGUAGCUCUGAACAUCCUGUGUCUGCUGAUGAAGGACCAGUGGAGCUGGCUCUGCACUGAGAACAUACAGAAGACCAUCAGACUGCUGUUUGGCACCUUCAUUGAGAGGUGGCUGGAUGUGGGCAUGGCCCACCUGACCAGUGCUCCCUGCUGGGUGAUCUACCUCCAGGUGAUGCAGGAGGCAGUGUGGCCCGGGGGUGUCCUCCCUGAUGGGCCCCGUCCUGACCGCAGCCUCAUCCAGAGAGAAGAGACCAGGCAGCAGUGUCUGCACUGCCUCACACAACUACUGCCAGACCUGAUUGCUGACAUGCUGGGUUCUGAGAAGUACAGAGUGAGCUGGGAUAUGGCACUGGCGUCUCUGCAGGACCCUAACAUCAACCGGCACCUGAUCUACUGUAUCUGUGACCUGCUGUUGGAGUUCCUGAUUCCAGAGUCUUCAGAGGAGGGCUUUCAGAGAUCUCUACUACACAGUCUCUUUGGAGACGAAGAGAGGCUUUCUGCUUCAGCUUGACGACACACCAACACAACACCCCUCUCUCUGCUCACCUGUCACUAUCCCUAUCUAUUACCCUCUACCCCCUCCCAUCCUGGCUAGCUCAUCAGUAUGGUAACCGUGGUCCUGCUGGGUUAAUCAGAAUGGGACCAGAGAUUUACUGGAGCUUCUCAUGAGGUCAGAGAAGACAGGUGAAGAGCGCAGAGAAGGGGGGAGGAGGGGGAGGAGGAAAAGGGCUGGGGAGAUAGGAGGGGUGGGAAGGCUGGGACAUGGGCUCUUGAACUCCUUACACUUUAUAGGCAACGCUCUAAAAUGACUGAUGACACUUUAUUGAAUGUAUUCUCAAGGCACUGUGUUGGUGAUUGUGCUAAUAUUGUGUUUUAAUUAGAUGCUUGUGUAGAGAAACACAUUUAUGUAGAUAUGUAUGUACAGUAUAUGCAGUAAUUAUUUUAUGUGUUUAUUUAUUUAUAUGUAAAAUGCAGUAUGUGUGAUAUCAAUAGAUAUACAGUGGGGUCUGAAAUAAUUUGACCCCCUUGAUAAUGAUGAGCAAAAAUGACUAUAUAAAAUAAAUCAUACUGAGCUACUGUAUAUUUUAUGCAAAUAAAUAAUUGGGAAAUUAUAUUAUUUUAUACUAA